AUGCAACUCUUCAGCUUCAGCAUCAUUCCAGCCAUCGCAGCGGUCAUCCUCGGAACGUGGGGCGCCGCUGGCCAACAAUCGAUAUUUACUGAUACCGUCGUCGACCUUGACGAAGUCACUGCCGUGUCAUACGACGUUCAGGCUGUUACGUUCGGUCUCAGCUCCUCUAACUUCAAUCGUGAGAGCCCCAAAAUCGUGACAGGGCUGUACGGCAUGGCGGUCGUCGGGACCAAGUACAUCAGGCAGGCCUCUAAUGCGACGGAGAUGGACGACGAACAGGCCCGGAACGCGAUCGAUAGCCUCGCCAUCUUUGUGAACGCUCAGCAGACUCUUAUGAAUGAACUCAUCGAGAAGCGCGGCGCCGAAGACGCUCUCGCUCGCGUCGUUCCGACGCGCGAAGAGGAGGCCAAUGCGCUUUUCCACAAAAUGAACGGCGCCCUCGACGCCGCGUUGGCUGCCUAUUACUGA